GGAUUAUCAGCCCACUCCACUCCAGUUAGUCGUCGUGUUUCCUCCUGUAAACUGUUAGGUCAACGUGCACAUUAUUGCAACAUCAUGGCUACCGGUCCACCUCCACAGUACAGUUUUGCAAAUCCUGAAGAUUCUGGGAACACUACAUUUCAAGAGAAAAAUGCAGUGACCACUCAAGUUCAACCACUACUUGUUGCUCCAGUCCGUGUUGUCCGACUUCCUGACCAUUUCACUGCGGCCCCAAUGAAUAUAACUUGCAACGUUUGUCACGCCCAGAUUCGGACUAUGACGGAAGAGUCUUGCAAUCCAAUUUGCUGUAUUAUUUGGGGAAUUUGUGCCUUGUGCUGUUGUCAGGAUGUGGAACACAAAUGUCCAAAUUGUAACGCGUUCCUUGGAAAAUACGAUGCAGCCAAAUGUUGAUGGAUUUGUAUUGUAAUUAAUUAUGCAGAAUAAAAAAAAUUCUAGCUAAAUAAUUGUC